AUUGGUGUUUAGAUAAUAAAAGAUAAAAAAUACAAAGAGGUUGGAGUAGAUUGCAAAAUUCAUAUUCAGAGUGUUAAUAAUUAAAAAAAAAAAAAAAAACAGUUCCAUGAAUGGGCGAAUUUCCAUUUCCUGAAUUCCUCAUGCUUACGGCCUCCGCCUCCGACUCCUUUUCGUCCUCCUAUUAUCUAUACCCCUCCUCCUCUAGCCUCUGACGAUCAAUCAUAAAUUCAUUAUCAAGCCAGCCAGCCCAACAGAUCUAUUCUCAUUUUCCGACUCUUUCUCCUCCAUUUCCCGGCUUCACUCUCUUCCUAGUCUUCCCUUUCUCCAAUCCGCUGCUCGAACGCUCUGGAGAUUGCCAGCCAUGGCGGGCCUUUCGUCGAGCAGGCUGAAAUCCAUGGAUUUCUACAGGAAAAUCCCCAGAGAUUUGACUGAAGCAUCAUUAUCCGGUGCUGGACUAUCCAUUGUAGCUGCACUGGCCAUGGUUUUUCUUUUUGGAAUGGAACUGAGUAACUAUCUAGCAGUAAACACCUCUACAUCUGUGAUUGUAGACAAGAGUACCGAUGGCGACUUUUUACGCAUUGAUUUUAAUAUCAGUUUUCCAGCCCUCUCAUGUGAAUUUGCAGCAGUUGACGUGAGCGAUGUGUUAGGAACUCUUGUUAUUGUACUCUUCAUAGUGGAGUCCUGCCUGAUUCUUUCAAGUUCUUGUAUUCAGAACAGGUUAAACAUUACAAAAACAGUCAGAAAAUACUCUAUAGAUCACGAUCUAAAGCCCACUGGUGCUGAGUUUCACUCAGGCCCUAUUAUGCAGCUCAUUAAGCAUGAUGAGUAUGUUGGUGAACAUGAGGGUGAGGGUUCUGUGACACUCAGUGCUCGGAAUUUUGAUGUUUACUCAAAUCAGUUUCCGAUAUUGGUUGUCAAUUUCUAUGCUCCUUGGUGCUACUGGAGCAAUCGCUUGAAACCUUCUUGGGAAAAGGCAUCUAAAAUUAUGGCGGAAAGAUACGACCCUGAAACUGAUGGACGCAUCAUUUUGGCCAAAGUGGAUUGCACUGAAGAAGGUGAAUUAUGUAGGAGGCAUCACAUCCAAGGGUAUCCCUCCAUUCGCAUUUUUCGCAAGGGAAGUGAUGUCAGGGAUGAACACGGACACCAUGAGCAUGAGUCCUACUAUGGGGAUCGUGAUACUGAGACCUUGGUGCAGACUAUGGAAAAUCUUGUUGCACCUAUUCCAGCUUUACAUCACAAGCCAGACAAUUCAACUCAGAGCAUUAAACGACCUGCACCCUCAACUGGAGGAUGUAGAGUUGAGGGAUAUGUGCGUGUUAAAAAGGUUCCUGGGAACCUCAUCAUUUCAGCUCGUUCAGGAUCCCAUUCCUUUGAUACUUCCCUGAUGAACAUGUCACACGUUGUUUCCCAUCUAUCGUUUGGCAUGAAAUUUUCAGCCAAGGCAAUGGUUGAGGCCAAGCGAUUGAUGCCAUAUAUUGGUCGGAGUCACGACAAGUUGAAUGGGCAAGCAUUUGUUAAUCAGCGUGAUAUAGGUGCUAAUGUCACUAUAGAGCAUUAUCUUCAAAUCGUUAAAACAGAGGUGGUAUCAAUGAAAGGAUCUCGUGAACACACGAUAAUAGAAGAGUAUGAGUAUACAGCCCACAGCAGUUUGGCAGAGAGCGUGGAUAUACCUGUUGCAAAAUUCCAUUUUGAGCUCUCUCCUAUGCAGGUUCUGAUCACUGAACUUCCGAAUUCAUUUUCACAUUUUAUCACCAAUGUGUGUGCCAUAAUUGGUGGAAUAUUCACGGUUGCGGGAAUAUUGGACUCGAUACUGCACAACACGAUCAGGCUAGUGAAGAAAGUGGAGCUAGGCAAAAAUUUUUGAUAGGAAGGAAGAGAUGACAUGAAAUGUUAUGUUAGUUUCUGUGUAAAGAUUCCAAAGUUUUGAAUCACAGGGUUGUUAAUUAGCAUAUAGCAAGAAAGAAGAGCAUAGAACAGUUAUUUGUGGGAUACUUUCCAUAAUAUACCACCAUGAAGAACGUUCAGUGUCUACCCUAUAUGUGCCCGUCUUUUCGUGCUCUGGUUUAGAUAUAGUGCUUAUGAUAGUCAUCAAUUUCUGUUAUGAUGAUGGAUUUAUGACCCGGAAAAUAGAUUGUCGAAGAAUCUUAUGAGUCUUAGUUAACUUGUUAGCUUUGUCUUUGGAGGCCUCUUGUCAUACUUUUGCAGGUCCUUUGCCCGAUUGUUGAAGUUGGGAACACGAAGUGUAUGGAGCUUGGCUGUCGAUUUCACACCCGACAUCUCCUUGAAACACGGUUUCACUGUAAGGAAUAAGCAGAGUUGAAAUGCAGAAGGUACGAGUAAAACGCUCCUCGUCUCUUUCAGUUAUUUCGUUUUCUAUACAAACAUGCUCUUGAAAUGCACACCAACCAGCUUAGUUCAUAAUCUCUAUUACCAUCUCCACGACGAACAAAUAUUCGAAUACAAACAAUGGGAAUAUCUCCAAUAACAGUAGUAAAACAAAAGAAGUAAAAUCGACGAAACCCAACUUUUGAAUGAACCAUGAAGGUGAAGAACCCUGUCUCUGGAACCAAUAAUCAGAAUGCCAGCACGAGGGACGAUGCUAGGAAAGCUCCGACUGAACCGAUGAUCCCUGCUGCUGCAGCCAUGGAAGACAGCCCUCCAUUGUUGGGCAUCUCGCCCUCAGGAGGUUGAGUAGGGGUGACCUGAACUAUCCCCGCUGGAGGUGACUGAUCGAUGGCUGGGGCAGGUGAUGGUGGAGUCGGAGAUGGCGGGGAAGCAGCAGGUGCUGUUCCGUUCUUGCUCCUGUCGGCCAACACGACCACGACAACCUUCUCGUUCUUCAGGCAGUUGUCUUUGUUGCCGCUGAUGAAGUAGUGAGCGCCAGAGUGCUUGAAAGUGUAGAGGGUGUGGCCGUCGGAGUAGGUCCCGACUGGGGAAGUUGUGGUGCAGCUGUCGUAGUCACCCUUGCUCACCUCCAGCACCGAGUCGUGUUCAGCGUUGUACACAAACAAAAUGGAGUCUCCGGUGGAGAACCGGUUGCUUUCGGCCCAAGAAUUGUAACUCAAGCCGGAGGAAUUAUCAGGAACCGUCCAACCUUUGGCACCACCAAUGGUGAACUGGAAUGCACUAGUUUGCUGAAGCGACAGCAGCACGAGACAGGUGAGUCCCAGCAUUC